AUGGGGCCGUUACUGAGUGAAUUUCUGUGCCUUGUUGGAAUAAGUUUACUUUUGUCGGUUGCAGGUGAACAAGUAGCAAAACCAGUGGUGUACUCUUACUCCAGUUCGAACCUACCACAUCCUGCACUUAUUACUCACCAUUACAACCCUCCUACCGAAAUCACCACGGUACCUCUACCCGAGGCAGAAGAAGAAGUGGACGAAGAAGAAGAAGUAAUAGUUGUUAACGACGAUGAAGAUCUUCCUCAGCCUCAACCGACGGACACUGUCGUGGAGUAUAUCGAAGAUACGGUAGAUACACAGGAGGAGACUCAAGUGAACGAAGCUGAGCCAAAUUACACCUAUUUGGACGACGAUAACAUAAAUCUCCAUCCUUCUCUACCCAAUUAUUCCCCAGAUUAUCCUCAGAGUGAAAAAGUCUUGCAACACCCGAGGUAUUUCGCCUACUCCAGUGACAUAGACCAGCCUUCGAUAGUAGAUCACGCAAAAGCAAAAGGUGAGAAAUACGCUAAAGGAGGCGGUCAAGAACAUCAUUCUGCUCACAAAUCGUCAGGUGGUGGAAAAAGCGAAAAGGGGUAUAAAGGAUUUCAUAAGUUCUCAAAAGGUCAGAAAGGUCAUCACAAUAAAGAAGGGCAUAAAGGUAAAUAUAGCGAUUCUAAAGGGAAAAAGGGGAAGAAAAGCGAACAAGGUGGCCAUUACGGGGAACAUCACCACGUCGAAAAAGGUAAAAAAGCUGCCAAAUACGGUGAGGCAGGUGAACACAAAAAAGGCCACAGCACAAAAGGUGAACACAACAUACACAAAAAGGACGAAUAUUUAAAAAAACACGAGUUCUACGACGAACACCACGAAGGGGGAGAACACGAAAACCACGGCGGCUACCACGGAGAACAUAGCAAAAAGAAAGGAGGGAAAAAGAAGAAAGGUCAUCACAAAUCUGGCUAUUACCACGAUAAGAAAGGAAAGAAAGGUCAUCACGAAAAAGGAGGCAAAUCUGCCUAUCACAAAGGGCACAAAGACGCAAAAGGUCACGAGGGACACUAUAAAAACCAUAAGAAAUACGGAAAGAAAGGAGGUCAUAAAGAAGGCAAAAAAUGGGGAUAUAGCAAAGGACACCAUUGA